AUGUAUCAGUUCGAAGACCAUUACUACACAAUCAAUAAGACUUUCUUGAAGGCGUUGGGCAUCUGGCCUCACAGUAAAUCGCGGCUCGUGCUAUUGCAGCGGAUGCUGGUCAUUAUCGUCACUGUGUCAUUUGUCGGCAUGCAGGUAACAAAGAGCGCGUACAAACUGUCGGUUUUCUUUACAACGAAGUUCGAUUUGAUUCUCUUCAUUAGAACUAUGUCGUUCGCUUUUCCCACUAUAAUAAUUACACUGAAGUAUUUCGUUUUUAUCUUUAAAUCGGAAACCAUAAAAAUCCUGCAUUAUCACAUUGAAGAGGAUUGGAAAAUGAUACAAAGUAAAUUGGAAAUCGAAAUAUUGAAGAAACACGCUCAUUACGGUCGAACUUACACUAUUUUCGCAUAUUUGUACGCCUGUUUUAUGCUAAUUGGUGGAAUCAUUAUCGAAUUUCUUCCCUUCAUUCUCGACGUAGUUUUGCCGCUUGACAAACCCCGGUCACGCGCCGUUAUCAUCAAGGUGGAAUAUUUCAUUCCCCUCGAGUACGAGUACUUUUCCAUGCAGAUACUUCACGAGCUCGUGAUCAUGGUGGUAUACGGGUCAGUGUUACUGGCGACCGCGACGCAACUGUUGACAUUCACCUGUCAUUCGUUCGGAAUGUUCAAGAUCGCCAGUCAUCGAGUGGAAUACUUCAUCGAGGACACUUUCUUGCACGCGCCGGAUUUGAAAAAGAAACGCGCGAUUUGUCGAAGCAUCGUGCAGGCCGUAAUCGCGCAUCGUAGAGCUCUGGAGUUCUCCGAUAUCAUAAUUUCGUCGUUUAACGCGCCGUACUGCACGAUCGCUAUCUUCGGCGUACUUUCGCUGAGUAUUAAUUUGUUCAGCUUCGUUGAAGCGGCGACGCUGACGAAAAACAUGGAAGACAUGGUGAAGUCUUGUCUUGUCACUUCGGCUCAUCUGAUAUACAUGUAUGUAGCGUCUUAUAUUGCGCAAAAAAUCACUGAUAGCAACAGAGAAAUUUUCAGAUUAAUUUACGGUGUGUCGUGGUAUUUAAUGCCUGUGUCGUCGCAAAAACUGAUUUUGUUCCUGAUGCAAAAAACCAGCAAAGAUUUCUACUUCACACUCGGCUACAUUUUGGUAGGGAAGAUGGAAAGUUUCGCCUCGCUACUUAAUUCUGCGCUGUCGUACGUGGCAGUAAUGUGCUCUGUGCAGUGA